AUGAGCCCCGGAUCGCGGAUCUGGGAGCGAGCCGACGCUCGCUUUCCAUCGAUUAACGUUACGUACACGUAUAUACACUCUCUUCCGCAGUACGUUCACUACAAGACGAAGCUGCCAGACAUCAAGGAGUUCACCUUGUGCAUGUGGACGAAAUUCUACAAUCACAGCAACGACCAUCCCUUGUUCUCGUACGCAGUCGGCGACCAACCGCGCGGGAUUCUCUCGUGGGUGGCGAACAGCGCCAGGAGUUCCUACUACAUGAUGAACAUCGACGGGCACAACUUGUACAGAUUGAAUUAUCCGCUCCGAUUGAACAAGUGGUAUCACUCGUGCCAAAGCUGGAACGGCCGUACUGGAGAAUGGCAGAUCUGGGUCAACGACGAGCGCGUAGGUCGCGGGUUCAACAACAGGUUGGUCCGGCACGUCAUCAAAGGGGGUGGAGUAGCGAUCACAGGGCAGGAGCAACGACAACUCGGCGGCGGAUUUUUGGAAGGCGACGAAGCUCCUCCAGGAUCCGGCGGACUGCUCGGCGAAAUAACGAUGGUGCAGCUGUACGGGGUCGCGUUGACAGCCGGGAAAGCCCACAAGGACCACAAACAUCAUCACGCGCAUCGCUACGAGCACGAUACCAGCAACAACACGCCCAGGCCUACGCGUCCUCCUGUGACCGGGCCACCCCUUCCGCAACAUCCCUACCUCACUGCCGGACAAAUCAAUCAUCAGGUGAAAAUCAAUCCAGGAUCGCCGCUGCAGAUCGUUCAGGGUGGAGUGACCCUGAGGCACCCAGCGGUGAUUCCACGCGAUCCAGCCCCUCAACCGUUACCACCGGCGAAUCCCAAUUCCGUGACGACGGCGUUCCCCCUGCAAUCUAGCCAGUUCUUCGGCAGCCUAGGUUCGCCCUCGGCGAGCGGAAUAACCGACGUGGCAGCCAGCCCGCAGUACCGCAGUCUCUUCAAGAGAGAGAAGGACUCGCUGGCGAUGCAAGUCGCCGAGAGCGACGAAUCGGACAGCGGCAGCGCCGAGGCGUAUGCCACCGGCCGAGUAUCCAGCAGCGUGGCUAAAAGGGAGGUCGCGGCCAAGCCGACGGAAAAGCCCUCCGAUGGAAGAGAGGUAACGUUCGUGUCUGGAAAGGAGAAAGGAGACUCGAGCAAAAAGAAACGAGGCUUGCUGCAGCUGGGCGACGGUCUGAUCGUCGACGACGGCUACGUCUCCCAAGGCUUGGACAACGACUACUUCGCUGGUCUGACCAAUUUCGGGCUGCAGCUGCCCAAGUACGAGAACAAGGACGACGAGAGGGAACCCGCGGAGGCCGAAGUCAGAGCGAUCAUGGACGUGUGCGACGGUUGCGCCGACGAGCCUUUCGAGAGAGCGUUGAUCUUCGGUUGGCGCUCCGUCCCCAAGAAACUCUACUCUGGCGCGGUGCACGUACCAGCGGCGCAAACGUGCAAGGCGUUUUAACAACGCCUUGUUAAAACGCCCUCCAUCCGAGAACGCAGCCACGAGAGAGACAGACAGACACAGAGAGAGGAUCCAUUCGCGGCAUCGAAGCCAGAGGAAGCCAGUCGGAGGCCCAGAGAUUUAUGGUUACCGCGCUCGGCAACGUAGCUAUCGCUGACGCGCGAUCUCUCCUUCACGUGCCGUGAACCCGUGAGGCCGAUGGAUCUCGAUCGCGCGUUGAUCCUGUUCCGAGACGUAUUUAUUACCUAUUUGCGGGCUCCGCGUACGACGGAGAGAGAUCUUUCCACUACAACUAAGUUCCAAGUCGCGGACAACGACGACGUUAGCAGAGACUUGGAAAAUAUUACCACGAUUGGUGAAACAGCCAUAAGAUUAACCCGAUUAAUUACAUUUCACAGGAUGUGGACAAUUCUGGAUUUCUCCUUCUCCGGUUUUGUAUAUAAAACUUCUCUUGGUUUCGUAACGACGGCGACGUAACCACGCGUUUAGAUUACGUUUCUUUCGCUUUAGCUAAGUAAGAUAACGAACAACGAUCUAAUCGAUGCACCAUGUGUCGUAACGAAUUACCAUAAACGGUGUCUGCACUUGCGUACUAUACCGAUCGAUUAACUGGGUCGUGUGAUUGUAAGUACGAUUCCAGAGACCCGGCGUUUUACGCGAGCGUGGAACUCGAUAGAAAAACGCCUCGUUGGAAAACGGGAGCACUUUUUAUAGCCCUCGCGCGCGUAAUGCCAGUUUUAUUUAUACCAUGUAUUAAUUCUCACUUUUUCCCUUUUUUAUCCUGCUACUAACAAUUCGCCGGAUUGUCGAGAGGUUUGUCCAAUCAUUGGAACGACACUAUACGCUGAUUGUAAGCUCGUCAAUUUUGUGUAAUUAAAUCACAUCCUUCUCUCUCUCUCUCUCUC